GCAGUGGACCUAGGGCGACCUGGAGCAUGCUUCCUGCCAACGACAAACUCAGCUGAGGGGUGGGAUUAAGCCUCUUUUAUCAGCAGAAAGCUACUGCCUCACAACUUUAAAGACAGUAUUUCCAGAAGGAAGAGCAGGAGUCAGCAUUCACAACCUCGAGUCGGUGUUUGGUAGCAGCUUUGGCAGAUCUAACCUUUCUGCACCACUGCCUUGUCGGAAAAGUGACUCUAAAGACCGUGCCUGUUGUGGUAACUCUUCCAUUCCCAAAUCCUGCAGUGCUCUUGUGAACACAAACCAUUCCUCUUCCAUUGAACUGAGCCUUGCAGCACUUGACUUAAUCUAUUGGCUCUGUCUGCUAAGUCUGCCAGGCCUAACUCCAUCUAGCCUGACCUCUACGAUGUGUGCCAACUGCUUUGCUUCUUUCAUUUUGAGUGUUAAAUGUGAUCUCUGCAAUCUCUUAGUUUUGCUUAGAUGGCUCAAUUUGCAAAGAGCUGGAUGGCAGGGAGGUACCUGUUUGUCUGCUGGAUUUGGGAUAUUCUCAGCAUUGAAGCACUACAGUCAAAGAAAGUACCUCUUGCCUUUCUAUGCCAUGUGGCAAAACAACUGGACUACCAAAUUGCAAGCAGCUGCCAGACUUCUGAAGCCUCUUCCCAUUAAUCUCCUUUGCAGGGAAGACUGCUUCCAUGUGGAUGAAAGGAAGGGCCCCCCAGUGAGGCUUGUGCAGCCUUCCUCCAGGGGGAGCUAUAAAUGCAUGCCUUUGUGCCACCGUCAAUUGCUGGGAUUCAGAGUAGUAAUUGUAAGGUUUAUCUUUGGCAGCAGCUUGGUCAGUAUGGGCAGAAAACAUGCUCCUGCUAACCUACCCCAUCUUUCUAGCUGUCUGCAGGGAACAGGACAGUGGGUUAUUAUUUACAACUGUAAAUGUCUGGUGCAACCAUCAGUGAGAGCCAACAUGAGUGCACCAACUCCUAUGAGAGGAUUUCAUGGUCCUGUGUUAAGGCUGGGGCCUGGAAGCAAGGUAGAAGCUGGCUGCAAAUGUGCCUCUUCUUCCAGGGCUAAGAACUGAACCUUCCCACAGUGCCCAGUGUCUCUGUAAAAGUCAAGGUCAUUUGUCACUGCAGUAUCUGAACAAAGUGCCUGAACCACUAGGUUAUUAGUGCUGCCUAAUAGAGGGUAGUGCUGUGAGGAGUAAAAUCAUCAGUGACCUGCUCACAUUGAAAUUGCAUUUGCUUAAGUAACUUCUAUCAUUUUUUUUCUGAAAAGGAACCUAAUUGCUUUAUCGUGGCCAACUUGGAACUUGUACAGUGCUCGGAAGGUCACCGUGUACCACAACUAUGCACUGCACAUGAACUGAGCAGGGACUACAUUAAUUACAAGCCACACUUGAUGGAAAGAAGUUCUUCCAGACUUGGAGACUCUGAGAGUCCGGCAGCCUAAUCAGUUUGGCAAUGUGUAAAGUUCCAGUAAUUGGAAAAAUCUGUGAGGAGGAAACAGCUUUGUGUUUUUGUUGGGCCUGACCAGCUUUUUGUUGCUGUUUUGGGCCUAACCAGUUGAAAGAUACUUGGUUUGAGUAGGAAUAGGGCAGCUUCCGCUAUGGAGAAGGGUGCUGGCUCUUGUUCUGCAUCUAGUCCUGGAACCACAGGCCAUGUUAGACUGAGGGGAGGGGGAAGUUUAAGAAAAAGAAGAGGCCAAAGAAGAUGGUUGGUACAUUUCUUAUUACUAAGUGCAUCUAGGUUACUAGUGGUGUUAAUUGUCUCAAGCUCUUUAGCUACUGUUUGCAUUUGUCACCUUGGUCAACAAAAACAUCCAGGAAGCUGCUUCCACUUUUGUGUUUUCUAUUGCUGCUGUUACCUGUUGGGAACUGGUGGUAAACAGGUAGCCAUGUUGUUGGCAACAUCUGCUGUGGAAACGGGUCUCUGUCUUCUUGGCGUAGGAGGCGGAGGUAAGCGGAAAGGCAGGAGCAAGAAAUGGAAAGAGAUCCUGCGGUUCCCACACAUCAGCCAGUGUGACGAGCUCCGGAAGGGCCUCGAGAAGGACUACAGCAGCCUGUGCGAGAAGCAGCCCAUCGGCAGACUGCUUUUCCGUCAGUUCUGCGAGACCCGGCCUGAGCUGCUGCGCUGCAUCCGCUUCCUGGACAUUGUGACUGACUAUGAGCUGUUCCCAGAUGAGAAACGCAAAGAGAUGGGUGAGGAGGUCAUCCGCCAGUUCUUCAGCACAGAGUCUCCAGACUACCUGCCGGAAAUCAGCCAGGCCCACAUCAGCCAGUGCUUGGAGAAUCUGCAGAAGAGCCCCUGCAAAGACCUCUUUAGCAGCUGUCUGCAGCCCUUGCAUGAGUACCUGAGCCGAGGCCCAUUUACUGACUUCCUGGGCAGCAUGUACUUUGACCGGUUCCUGCAGUGGAAGUACCUGGAAAGGCAGUCGGUCACCAAGGAUACUUUUCGGCAGUACCGCAUCCUCGGCAAAGGGGGCUUUGGAGAGGUGUGUGCCUGCCAGGUACGGGCUACGGGGAAGAUGUAUGCCUGCAAGAAGCUGGAGAAGAAGCGGAUCAAGAAGCGGAAGGGGGAAGCCAUGGCCCUGAAUGAGAAGCAGAUCCUGGAGAAGGUCAACAGCCGGUUUGUGGGUGGGGGGCUCCUGCAGGUGAGCCUGGCUUAUGCCUACGAGACGAAGGACGCGCUGUGCCUGGUGCUGACCAUAAUGAACGGUGGCGACCUCAAGUUCCACAUCUACAACAUGGGCAACCCCGGUUUCGAUGACGAGCGCGUCAUCUUCUACGCUGCUGAGAUCUGCUGUGGUCUCCAGCACCUGCACCAGGAGGGCAUUGUGUACCGGGACUUGAAACCAGAGAACAUCCUGCUGGAUGACGACGGUCAUAUCAGGAUCUCAGAUCUGGGGCUGGCCAUCAAGAUCCCAGAGGGCGAGACAAUCCGGGGCCGGGUUGGGACCGUCGGCUAUAUGGCCCCAGAGGUGAUCAACAAUGAGCGCUAUACCUUCAGCCCUGACUGGUGGGGGCUGGGCUGCCUGGUCUUUGAGAUGAUCGAGGGGCAGUCACCCUUCCGAGCCCGCAAGGAGCGGGUGAAACGGGAGGAAGUGGAGAAGCGGGUGCGGGAAGAGCAGGAGCUCUACUCAGACAAGUUCAGCGAGGACACCAAGGCCAUCUGCAAAGCGCUCCUGGCCAAGGACCCCAAGCAGCGGCUGGGCUGUGGGGAGAGCAGGGCAGCUGAGGUCAAGCAGCACCCUUUCUUCAGGACCAUCAACUUCAAGCGCCUGGAGGCUGGGGUCAUGAAGCCAUCAUUUGUGCCAGAUCCUCGGGCUGUGUACUGCAAGGACGUGCUGGACAUCGAGCAAUUCUCAACUGUCAAGGGCGUCAACUUGGACCAGACAGACAAUGACUUCUAUGCCAAGUUUGCCACUGGCAGUGUCUCCAUCCCUUGGCAGAACGAGAUGAUUGAAACUGAGUGCUUCAAGGACCUGAAUGUAUUUGGACCAAACGGGAUGCGCUCCCCAGACCUGGACUGGAAGCAGCUUCCUGAGCCCCCCAAGCGCAGCCUGUUGCAGCGGCUCUUCCGGCGACAUCCGGCCGACUAUGCCCUCAGCACCAACGCACACUCCAACCUCCCGGCAGGCGUGAACUCUCACUCCCCCACAGCCAACUCUGCCUGCCAAGGCCGGUCCACGGCACAGGCACCUUCCUGACCCCAGCCCUGCCGUGGAGAACCUGCUCCUUGGGAGCUCCAGCCCGGACACCUUCCAUGGAGCCUCCAUCCUUGCCUUCUCAGGGUUACCAUGGAUGUGAAGCAGAGGCUGCUGGAGCCGUGCCGGGGAUGCGGAGGUGGUUGGGCCACCUACGUGCCCGGUAGGACUGGGGUGCUCACAGAGGCUGUGUUGGGAGGGCAUUUGGACUUUUGGGCCAGAGCCCUCUUAAUGCAUAACAGUUGGGACCAGGAGCCAGGCCUGCCCUUGGCACCUCAUCCUGCUUGCCUUGCCUGGGGGCAUCAUGGCCAGGCCAGCCCGGCUGUGCUCUGGACAACCCUGUGCUCCGGUACAGCCCAGCUCCACAGGUCUGUGCUGCUCAAGGGGAUUCCUCAGCCCCCUGCUCCUGCUAUACCCAGAGACCUAGCAGCUGGGUGCUGGGCCUGCAAGAUGCCCCCUUGUCUACUUGUCUAGCCCAAAGGGUCAAGCUGGGAUCCAGUCAGCUCCUCCAGUACAGUCAGGCUGUGAAAAUGGCCACCAGGGUGGGGGGAGGCUUGAAACAAGAUGCUGCUUGCCUGGGAGUGGAGCAGCAAUCUGUGUUGCCUCAGGUUUUGCUGCUGGUAUUUGGGCCUAGGCAUGGGCUGAGAGGUCCAGCGGGUUUAGACUCAGCCCUGAUUUGAGCCCCAUUGCUGGCAGGGAACGGAAGGGGUGCGAGCCUGUGUGUCGCCCUCAUGCUGCCUGGACGCUCUGCACAUUAUCUUAUCGCUGGCUGUUCGUGUAACCUCCGGGGCACAGGAAGCCUCGGCCUGGGUUCAAAUGUGUUGGAUUUUUAUCUCUAGUCUCCAAGUAGCAGCGAGCGCAGCCUUGGAGCGGUAGGCAGAGCAAGACGAGCGCAGGCUGAGCUGCCCUGCCCCACAUGCCCUGACCUCGCACUGAGGAUCUGGCCACCGCUGAGCGGAUCAGGUGCUGACAUGCGACUCGUUGCUAGCAGCAGGGGCUCAGUCGGGGCAGGGAGCUGCUCAGAUCUGGGGCAGCAUAGACUCCCUGGCAUUUUGGCACAACAGCGGGCAGCUCCCUGCUGCACGGCUGAACCAGAGCCGAAACACGGUGUGUCCUGAGCAGCAACGGCUGGCGUCCUGAUGCUCUCAAGCUGGGCAGGCAAAGGAGCCUCAGACUGGUGUGAUGCUAGCAACAUCACCAGCUGCUGUGGCAUGGGCCCAGCCAGGUCAGUAGUAUGGUACUGCCUUAGCUCAGGUCUAUGAGAGCCUGUUGCAGGAGGCCAAAACCUGCCUUCCCACCCUGGCAGGAGGAGGAACAGAGCAGGGUCUGGGAUGGGCUCCCUGCUUGGCAAGCUGGUGCAGCUGUCCUGGGCUUGCUUUGGGGCUCUGGAGCUCACGGCAGCUGGCUAGGGAAAUGGCUCUGGGCGCAGCAGCAUGUCUAGUGGUAUGAAAGCCCCCAAAGGUAUCACAUGCCAGACCCUGCAGUGGGUAGCCUUGCAGGGCAACAGCUCAGGGGGAGGUUGUGUCCCUGCAGCGUGCAACAUUGAAGUGAAUUGCCUCUCUCAGGUAUUUCAGCAAGCUAAAUGCAGCUUGCCUGAGUGGGACACUUCUGGGGCAGGGAAAGACUUGUGGGGGGUGGCCCAGAAUAUUGCAUUGUCCACACUGCCUGCCCUGUUUUAAGAGGAAGGGAGCACAGAGGGAUUUUUUUGGGUUCUAGCUGGCUGGCUGAUCUUGGCUGAAAAUGGUGGUGCAGGAGCUCAGAAGAGCAUAGGGGACUCGUGCCCAUCUUGGCUGCUUUGACCAUCUCCACCCCUACGUUUAAAAAUCCCUCUGCACUCGUGUCACUGAUGGCAGCUAGAAUACAAAGUGGGUUUCAAGAAAUGGAUUGUGCGUCGUGGUUCCUUUUUUACAUUCCUCUCCCUGGGGAAGGUGGAGUCCAGCUGGCAGGGUGGGCUAAUCUCACUGAGUUCAGCCUGGCUGCCAUGGCUGCAGGAGCCAGGGGGAAAGCAGACAAGCUGUUUGUAUUGAUGUUUUCCUAUCGAUAGGGGGGGGAAAAAAAGGUUGCACCAUGAGAGAGGGUUGAUUCAGCAAAGAAGUCUGGGGCCUCAACAACUUGGCAGACUCAACCUCCGUAUAAAUGAGCAAGAGAGGAUGGUUUCUGCUGCGAUGCCUGUUGCCCAUGAGCCUCGCAAACCAAUCCUGAAAUAAUCGCUGCCUGGUUUGGGGAGUUGGUGGCUUGUUUAUUUGUCUUUCUUCCCCCUAGUGCAGAUUAUACACACACACACACACACAACCCCCCCCGCCCCCCAAAAAAAUCUAUUUUGGGCUUGUUUUGGCCUGAGAAUGUGCCUGAAAUAGGUUUGAUUUUUUUUUCUUGCCCCCCUCCCCUUCCUGCUCCAUUGGAUCAAAGAGGAAAAAGGCUUCAGAUCCUGUUUUUAGAAUUGCGUGUGCGAGAUAAAUUGUGUACGUGUGGUAAAGGCUGAGAACUGCCCUCAGAAAGAUGCUCCAAGACCCCCUGACUUCCCCAGGAGAGACAACUUGCCACAUGGACCAGGCUUGUUUCUGUGCAAGUGAGGGGCAUGAUACCAAAUUCUCCAGCACAGGGCUUGGGGGGGAAGCAAGACCAAUUCCUGUUUGCCAAAGGCAUCUUGAUUUGUGUGUAUGCCUUCCCCUCUGCAUCAAAUGCCAUCGGUUGGUUUCUCUUUGAUUUUCGCACUGUAGCUCCCUGGGGCCAGUGCACUUGGUUUACGUGCUGUUUAGUUUUGUACAUUUGUAAACAUUUGUAAAUAUUUGUAUGUUGACUGCCUGGAUGUACAUUUUUAAGCUAAAAGCUGCCAACCAAGCCAUGUGGUGACUCUA